CUCUCUGCAGUUUUUGAAGAGCCUGAAGACCCUAGCAGCAGGUCGUUUUUUUCAGAAAUAAUCUCGUCGAUCUCCGAUGUCAAAUUCAGCCACAGCGGUCGCUACAUGAUGACACGAGACUACCUCUCUGUCAAAGUGUGGGAUCUCAACAUGGAGAACAGGCCCAUAGAGACGUACCAAGUCCAUGAGUAUCUCCGGAGCAAGCUCUGUUCCCUCUACGAAAACGACUGCAUCUUUGACAAAUUUGAAUGCUGCUGGAACGGUUCCGAUAGUGCUAUCAUGACUGGAUCCUACAACAACUUCUUUAGAAUGUUUGACCGAAACACGCGGCGGGACAUCACCCUGGAGGCCUCUCGGGAGAGCAGCAAACCCCGGGCCAUCCUGAAGCCCAGGAAGGUCUGCACGGGUGGCAAAAGGAAGAAGGACGAGAUCAGCGUUGACAGUCUGGACUUCAACAAGAAGAUCCUCCACACGGCAUGGCAUCCCGUGGAGAACAUCAUUGCUGUAGCUGCCACCAAUAACUUGUAUAUAUUCCAGGACAAAAUUAACUAAAGGUGACUUGCUGGAGGACGGCGCCGUCGUCUUGCAUAGUUGAGCUCGGUUGUUUGUCUGUAACAGAGAAGGCCUCGUUGUCCUCCCGGUGAAGAACAUUGAUGCACUUCCUUCCCCCUAGCGAGAGGCGAGGGCCUGGCCUGGCUGUUGGGUUCCUGGCUGGUUCUGGCUGGUGGGGCCGGGGCGGCCGGCGCAGCUUCCCGGGAGCGACCCUCGAGGGGCAGAACCGAUGGAUGGGGCUCAAUGAGGCCAAUACUCGAAACAAAUGUAUUUAUUGAAGUCUGAGCCUUCCUUUCCAGUUUAUAGACCAAAAAAAUUUAACACCCAAGAAGAAAAAAUUGUCAUAAAAAAUGUACUUUCUAUCUCUCGUGCUCUUUCUCUGCUGUAAUAUUUGGGCCUUUCAAAACAUAUAUUGUGCUUCACGCCUGUAAACAUUCCUCCUCUGCCCGCGGCCGGGCUUCGGUGUUUUUACCUUCGAGCACUUCGGUAGGUCUUGAGUUGGGUUCGUAGACAGGUUUCCAUGGAUAUUUACUCACCAACUGUAUCUAUAACCACACCUUCUGGUGUAAACCACUUAAUAAAAUAACAAGCUAUAAAAAGUGUUUUUAAAUCUGAA